AUGCCCCGUGGUGCCCCGUCAACGCCCGCUAAUGCCCCGGCAGCCGCUCCCGACUCCGGCCUGUCGCCCGUCCUCUUGACCAGAGCUCGAUUGCUCGCCGCCGAACAUGCCAAACUAUCAGAUCGAUUGGCAGAGGCCUUUGAUGCCAAAGUCGCCAAGCGAGCCGGGGAGAUUGCCCCCGUUACAACCGUCCUGAAAGAAUGGGAAAGUGCCAAUGAGUCGAUUGCCGAAUUGAAAUCCCUCUUAGAGCAACCCGAGACGGAUGAGGAGCUGCGUUCACUCGCGAUCGAGGAUCUGGAGUCCAGCCGAGAGGCUCUGCCCACGAUAUCGGACCGACUCAAAAAGUCACUGAUCCCCCGGCACCCCUUUGCGGAUCUGCCGUGCUUGGUGGAGAUUCGCCCUGGCGCCGGGGGAGAUGAGGCCGGCCUGUUUGCAUUUGAGAUGCUGCGGAUGUACACGUCGUUCUGCUCCCGGCGGGGUCUUCGACCGACGAUCUUGAAGCAGGACGUCGAAGACGGAGCCGCAGAGGACCGCCUGACUGAAGCCGUCAUUGAGAUCGAGGCGGACGGGGCAUACGAUAUCAUGCGGACCGAGUCAGGGGUCCACCGCGUCCAGCGCGUCCCGGCAACGGAAACCAAGGGCCGAACACACACCAGUGCGGUCAGCGUGAUGGUCCUGCCGAGUUUCCCGGAGAGCGGCAGCGGCCUGGACAGUGCCCUGAACUUUGAGGACCCGACGAGCGACUACUACAUUGAUCCGCAAGAAGUGCGCGUGGAAAAGAUGCGGGCCGGCGGUGCCGGCGGACAACACGUCAACAAGACCGAGUCUGCCAUUCGAUUGACCCAUAUGCCCACCGGCACGGUGGUCUCCAUGCAAGAUGAACGGUCCCAGCAGGCAAAUCGGCGAAAGGCCUGGCAGAUCCUACGAGCCAAGAUCGCCGAGGCCCGCCAGGAAGCCCGCGAGCAGGAGUUGGUCCAAUUACGCCGGGGCGCCAUGGGGGGAGUGGCUCGGAUGGGCCGUGGGGACAAGAUUCGAACAUACAACUAUGGCCAGAGCCGAUGCACUGACCAUCGGAGCGGCAUCACGAUCCACAAUCUGGACGGCGUCCUCGACGGGGGCGAUGGCUUGGAGACGGUCAUGGAAAGCGUGCGCACCUGGAUGGCUGACCGCGAGGUCGAAGCCAUGGUGGUGGAGGAGAGGGCCGAGAAGUGA